GCACCUUUAUUUUUAAGAGUGUAUGCAGAACCAGUGGUGCAGAGGAAGCCUUAAAGGCACAAAAAAAUGUGCCUUCCCAAUCCCUGUCACUUCUCCCCUCAGGUCUGCCCCGGAUGCCACUGCUAGCCCUGGAGCCCCAGAGGGUGAGGGGGGCCCAGGCGCCCAACCUCCCAACCUCAGCAGCAACCGUCGUCUCCAACAGACACAGGCCCAAGUAGAUGAGGUGGUUGAUAUCAUGCGUGUGAAUGUGGACAAGGUUCUGGAAAGAGAUCAGAAGCUAUCAGAACUGGACGACCGGGCGGACGCGCUGCAGGCCGGAGCAUCGCAGUUUGAGAGCAGUGCUGCUAAACUGAAAAACAAGUACUGGUGGAAGAAUAUUAAG